AUGGAGGUUACGACAUGGAUGCGGGGAGAGACCAUCGGCAGAGGAAGCUUUGGCAUCGUUUACCUGGCUACAACCGGGAGAACCAACAACCCUUUACCGCCUUUAAUGGCUGUGAAGUCUACUGAGUUUUCUGUAUCAAAGUCACUUAAGAAGGAGAAGAAAAUUCUUACUGAGCUUCAGAGUUGCCCAAACAUUCUUCGCUGCUACGGCGAUGAUAUCACCCUGGAAGGUGGUAUACUGACCUAUAAUAUGAUGAUGGAGUACGCUUCUGGAGGCAGCUUGGCCGAUCGCAUAAGGGCUUACCCUGGAGGAUUUCCGGAGUCGGAAGUUAGACGUUACACCCAAUCGAUCCUUCGAGGGCUUAGUCACAUUCACAAGCAUGGUUACGUUCAUUGUGAUAUAAAGCCUCAGAACAUUCUACUGGUGCCCUGUUCAUCAUCUUCGAAUUCUUUUGAGGAUGGAUUCAAGGGGAGAAUAUGGAUGGGGAAGGAAACAGUGAAGAUCGCUGAUUUUGGACUUGCAAAGAAGGUUGGACAGCAAAGGAGGAAUAAGGUCUGCCGGAGAGUGAGAGGUACCCCUCUGUACAUGUCACCUGAAUCAAUUGUCAAUGGUGAACAGGAGCCUCAGUCUGAUAUCUGGGCUCUUGGGUGCAUAGUAAUAGAGAUGAGAACUGGAAGGCCCGCCUGGAAAUUCACUUCUGAUACUGAAGCGUGUGGACUCUUGUAUAAGAUUGGUUGCAUGAAAGAGUUGCCGGAGAUACCAAGUGGUUUUUCGACAGAGGGGCGAGAUUUUGUAGAGAAGUGUUUGGUUAGGAAUCCAAAACUCAGGUGGACGGCUGAUAAGCUCUUAAAACAUCCUUUUGUUACUGUUGCUGAUGAGGUGGUUGAUGCAAAUGAAGAAGAACUAGAUGAGGCUUUAACAGAUGCAGCUGGAGUUGGGUUUGUUCCAUCUCCAAAGUGUGCAUUUUAUUUUCCUCAGGCUAAUUUUCCAUCUUCAGAUUCGCUUGCCAACCACAUCCAGAAGUUGGUAACAGGGAAAGGCCCCAACUGGUCUUCAUCAAAGAGUUGGAUCACUGUAAGGCAAGCAGAUCCUGUUUCUUCUCAUUUAAAUAAAUGCACUGUUUGUGGGAAGAGGAAGAGGACUGUACAUGAUGCAGAGGAUGUUAUUGGGUUGUCUAGUAUCAGAUCAAAUACUACUACUGAUGAAGCACUAGGUUUUCAUUGUUACUCGAGUGGCAGAAGAUUUGCAAUGGAAUCUCAGUCAAUUCAGUGGUCUACUUCGAAAAUGAGUGCUAUUACUGAUGAACCACAUGCUUUUCAGCGUUACUGGUCUUCUAGGAGAUUUGCUGGUUCCUCUCUCUUGAUGACAUAUAUUUGGGAUUCUAGCGAGGUUACUCUGAAUGUGUCUCUUGGACAUAGAAAUAAGAUGGAUGUGUUCCUUAAGAAAAUAAGUUCAACCAUAACUAUUGGUUAUCACAUCAAAGUAAGUGGGUAUACUUGGUUAGAGAAUCAAGGUGGUGAACCAUAUGAUUAUGCUUCUAUGCUAAAAAAAAGUGGUAAUAGACUUGAAAAUGAUAACUACAAGAAGGUGAUCCCAUGA